GCCGAGCCCCCGUCCAUGAGCCCUCAUUUUGAUGGGGGAGGGGGGUUAUCGUUGGACGAAUCACAUACGCUGCGUCAGCUUCUUAUCAGCGAACAUCACGCACACAGCCACGAAAGGCAGCUACACAAUCAGCAGCAGUUACCACAUACUGCCCGCUUCGGCCCGACCCGGCCCGCACUUCGCCCUGACACCCACUCAGCUCCCGCCCCUCCGACCUCGCGGAGAAUGCUUAGCCUGGAUCACUCCACGUUCAACGACGAUGACGAGGAGGUAUGCCAUUCAUACGGCUCGGGGCAAAAUCUAGUGAAAAUAGAUGAGCAGCCACAACUGUUGCAACAUCACCAGCAGGUCCAGCAGCAACAGCUUGUGACACAGCAACCACACAUUGUAACCCAACAGCCACCGAAGCCACUGGCUCCAUUCGCCCUGUUCUUUCGGGACACAGUGACGGCCAUCAAGCAGCAGAAUCCCGCCUGCUCGCUGGAGCAAAUGCAGGUUAUUGUUCAGACCAUGUGGGAGUCCCUGGAUGAGACGCAAAAGAACGUUUACAGCCAACGGCACGAGCAGGAGAAGCGCGACUAUGUGCGGCUGAUGCGCGACUACAGGCAGCACCUGGACACGACAGAAGAGGCGCCAAUCGCUCCGGAUCUGGCACCCCAACUGACAGCCGCAGCACCACUAAUCCAGCCCAAAGUGGAAGUCAAUCCAGAGCCACUGGAGGAACAGCCAACUGUAGCGACGGCUCAAGCACCUCCAGAUCAAAUACAGCUGCUGAACGAGGCGGCAACGGUGCAGAAGUGCACCCGGGAGCAGUGCAACAAGCCGGCGAUCAUUAAUCCGGACUGGGAGGACGAGUACUGCAGCAACGAGUGCGUGGUGAUCCACUGCCGGAAUGUAUUCAACGAAUGGGCGCUCACACUGAAGAACUCACCCUCGUAGCCACGUCCGACUGAAUCCCCCAUCCCCAUCCCCAUCAUCCUCUAGGCUUAGUCUAGUUGUUUAGGUUUAGUUGCCAAGCUGCACGUUUCCUAUGAAUAUAUACAUAUACAUAUAUAUUCCGGAGUGCGAUAAUUAUGAAUAUUGUAGUGCCAGUAUCUCGAUUGUAAAGAGCAUCCGAGCAUCGGUGUGGAAUCUUAGUCUGUAUCACGAAUGACACGCUUUCUAGAAUAUUUUAAUUCAUAAUAAAUCAAUUUUAAUGAAUAACAAAUAACUCACAAAAUAAAAUCGAAUUUGAUUUAUAUUUAAAACCACCAAGAUAAAAAUAAAGUCUUGUUUUUAUGGUAACUUUUAAUAAAUACACACAUUUAUUUACUCUUCCACUUCAUUAUCAAUAUAUCAAUGUGUCAAUGCCGUUUGCUUACAAAAAUCUUUAUUCUUUUCGUUUGCUUCGUUCU